ACAGCUUAAGUCACUAGCUGUUGAUCACAUCAUGGGUGACAUGGAAGAGGGUGCAAAUGUUCAAAGGCCACCACUGCUACGUGGACAUAAUUACAAUUUUUGGAAAGGCAGAAUGAGGGCUUUCCUUAAAUCACUUGGAGGUGGUGUCUAGAGGAGCGUGGAGACAGGUUGGAUGGAGCCACGAAAAUACUCAGAAGAUCUGACCUCAUCAACUAUUAAGCCAUUUGAAGAAUACAGCAAAACAGAAGCGAUUGCAGCAGAAUUCAAUGACAAAGCCGUGAAUGCAAUUUUCGGAGCAGUUGACUCUACCCACUACAAACUCAUCUCAAACUGUGACAAUGCCAAAGAAGCUUGGGAUAUUCUCGAGGUUACUCAUGAAGGAGAUGAGGAAGUAAAAACAGCCAAGUAUCAAAUUCUCAUGACACAAUACGAGAAUCUGCGCAUGGAUGAUAAAGAGAAAAUUACAGAAUUUCAUGGUAGAGUGAGAGACAUUGCACAUCAGGUUGCACGUCUAAAUGAACCCAUCCCUGAAAACAAACUAGUACUCAAGGUAUUACGAUCAUUUCCAAAAGAAUAUGACAUGGACGUCAAGGCGAUCAGAAGGUCUCACAACAUCAAAGCCAUGACUCUUGAUGCACUUAUGGGAAUACUGGAGUCAAUUGAGCUUGACAUGAUGGAAGACAGUAAGCGAUGGAAGCCAGACAAACAAAUUGCAUUCUCUAGCACUGAGGCAGAAGAUGACAGUGAACAUGAUUUGUCACUGGAUGAAGACUUUCAGGAACAGCUAUCACUCUUCACACGGCAGUUCAAAAAACAAUGGAUGCAGAAGAAAGGAAAUCAACGAAUGGAAGGAACAUCAAAGGGACCUAUUCAGAUAGACAUCAGGCCCAGAGAAGUGAAAUACCCAGACAGUGUUACUUAUGUGAAGAAAAAGAGACCACAAUGCUUUGAAUGUGGUGGAUAUGGACACAUUCAAUCGGAAUGCGCAAACAAUUUGAAGAAAAAGAGACAGGCAUUUACAGCGACCUGGAGUGAUGAAGAAAUAGAUGAACAUAGUGAUCAUGGUGAGUACAAUUGUGCCUUCAUUGCCUGUGAAAACUCAGAUUUGGAAGACAGUCUUGCCGAACAACUUGAAGAUUUACAAGAGAUGUGGGCAGAACUGCUGAUGGUAAACAAACGAAAUGUGGUAGACAAAAACAGAUUACUCUCUGAGAUGGAUGCACUUAAGCAGAAUAUUGAAGAAUCAAAGCACAAGAUUAACAAACUGGAAGGAGAAAACUCAAACUUGCGCUAUGAAAUCGAUCAACUAAAGCCCUAUCAGAAAUGGAUUAAGGUAGCAGGGGCCGAUGUGCUAGAUCAUCAUUCACUUAUGGCAAAGCCUCCAGGAGACAUGACAUGUAUCGGAUUCACUAAUAUAAGAAGCACCUCAAAAUCUCAAGAGAUCAAGUUUGUCAAAGAACUUGAGGAAGCACCUCCUGAAUAUCAAGUCAAGAGAAGUCUUCUGAAUAGCACUCGUAACAAUCACCACACCUCCUACAGAUGUUACAGAUGCAGAGAAUGGGGACAUGUAAAACGUCAGUGCAUCAAGAAAUGGAGUAAGCAGUUUCAAAUUGAUAGACACAAAGCACUGAUCAAGGAAGCUGAAGUAAAGAAGAAGAAACUGGCCAUCAUACUCUCUUCUUUGGAUACAAACACAGGUUCAACUGCACAGCCUCAGGGGGAGAAGUCCCAGGAAGAUGCACCAGAAGAAGAUGAUGCCACUCAGGGGGAGCAAAGUGAAGGGGAUGAGGCUCUUGCAGAUGAAGAUUCAGACUUUGAAGCUAAGCUACACAAGCCACCUGACCUACUCCCUGAUGAUACACAAGUAGAGUAUGAUCGCUGUGGGCUUCCAGCUUUGGAAGUUGACUACGAUGACCCUGAUGAUGAAAUUCGUGCUGACAUGAGAGAUCACAACCGCUAUGCUAACCUUGCAUUGGCAUACUACAAUGACAAACAUGUCCGUGAAUGUGUUCUCACCCCCCUUCACCUCGAUAUUUCCCCCUCGGAUGCCUACGCAUCCGAGGAAUCGCCCUCUUCCUCCUCCUCCACCGGGUCAUCUUCACCCGAUUUUGAACACCGGUCGGUUCCCAACACCACCGUUCCCGAACCGCAGCCGGUUAACCAAAUGCCCGGUCAGGUUUUUCAGGAGAGGGAUGAACCGGUUAACGAUGAGCCGGCCCCCUAUGACCCUGACAACGAGUCGUAUGAGGGAUGGGUGAACCGGCUGGAAGCGAUGGGCGAGGUUGGGCCUAAAACCUUGGAGAGGCUUGCCGAGGACUCCCCUCCCCGGUCACUCCAGCUGGAGGAGAAGCUGAAAGGAGUCGAGGCCCACAACCGGGAGCUGCAGGACUUGAUAGCCCGGCAGCUUGAUGAGAUGGCCAAUCUUUCAGCAAUUGCCGGGAGGGCCAAGGCAGAGACCCUCCAGCUGAAGGAAGAGAACCUGAAGCUGAUGGAGGACUUGGAGCUAAAGGAGCGAGAGUUCCCCGGCAGGGCCAAGCAAUGGGUGGGGGAGAACUUGGAGGACACGGCCCGGGUGAUUACCUCUACUCCGGAGGUGACGAUGGAGGCCUUCAAGUUCAUCUACCGGGAACCCAACGAGAAGGAAAUGGUCACCCAGGUUGGGUCUUACGGUUUCAUGUCCGGGCAGAAACGAGACCGGGAGGCUACCCACGCAAUCUUGGCUGAGCGGGACCCGGCCUUCUCUGCCGAUGCUUAUGGCCUGGCGCCCAUCCCCGAUGAAGAACCCGAGCCCCCUUUCCCCUUGGAAUGAAAUCUCCCCGGCUGUGCCCGGUUGGAUCGUUUAAAACUUUAAGCUCAUUUCCCCGGGAAUGCCCGGUGUAGCUGUAAAACACUUAUCUUCCUCAAAACUUUUAUUGAAUGUGAUGUUUGAUUUCCAUGAAUUUUGGUAGGGAACAAAAGAUAAGGAUUAAAUAGUGGCAAUUGAU